AUAAAACAAAGGAAUCUGAAAAAGGGUUUUUGAAUUAAUUGAAGAAUUUUCAGACAACUCCACCGAAAAUGAAAAGUCCCUAUAUCUAAAAUCAAAAGGAACAGAAGAGAUACGAGUCAGAGAGAAAAAGAAUGGAGAAAGCAAUAGUGACACUGGAAAUAAAUAGCAGCUGCACUGCUUGGAAUUAUAAUGGGCAGCGAUUAGCUGCCGGUUCAUCUGAUGGGACAUUGGCCAUUUACGAUUCUGCUGAUCCUGCUUCUUCUAACUUUUCCUGCGCUUCCAAAUUUAAGGUCCUUGAAACCAGCAUUCUAAAGGUGGUCUGGGUUCCUCCUGAGUUUGGAGAUGCUGUUGCCUGCAUUGGUUCUGAUGGAAGUUUGUCAUUAUGGGAGGAGGUUGUGGAAGAUGGUGAUCUGAUCCAGUGGAAGCUGUGCAAAAGCUUCAAAAGGAACUCAAGCACAGUCCUAGACAUUCAAUUUGGAGUCUUUUCCACCAGUCUGAAAUUGGUUGCUGCUUAUUCAGAUGGUCAAGUAAAAAUCUUUGAGCUUCUUGAUCCUCUUGAUUUGAAGGAUUGGCAGCUUCAGGCUGAGUUUGAAAAUGUAAUUGAAUCUGCAUCCAAAAUUGGUCAAGCUUUCUGCUUGUCUGCAACCAUCUCUUGGAUUCCGCAAAGAGUUGAAUCCCAACGAUCGAGCUUUGUUUUGGGUUUUAAUUCAGAUGUACCUCAGUUGAAUUCCUCUAAGGUUUGGGAAUUUGAUGAGGAUCACCAAAGAUGGCUACCAGUCGCGGAGUUAGCUUUGCCGGAAGACAAGGAUGACCGAGUUCUAUCAGUUGCUUGGGCCCCAAAUAUUGGAAGGCCCUAUGAAGUGAUAGCAGUGGCAACUGGCAAGGGAAUAUCAAUAUGGCAAGUUGGAUCAAACCCUGACUCUGAUGGAAGACUUUCUUUGGAGAGGGUUGCUUCCCUCUCUGGUCACAAUGGCGAGGUAUUAGUUGGCAGACAUUCCCUUAUCCACUGUCUGUACACUUUCAUGCGAUAUUUGUAAUCUUUAGAUGCUGUUCGGUGGCAAAUCCGGAUCAUCGUUUUACAAAUUUCAGUAUGGAGUUGCUUGUAUGCAGUUUGUUGAUCUUAAUGUGUAAUCUUCUUUGGCUUCUUUUAUUCCUAAUGUGAUUUUACGUCAACCCUUUUACCGAUAUCUACAAAGUUGGCUGCCGUUAAUCUUUGAAAGAUAAAGCUUCCAACCAGCACAUUUUGGUCUUGUGCAGGUUUGGCAGAUGGAAUGGGACAUGAGCGGGAUGACAUUGGCUACAACUGGAAGUGAUGGGGUGGUGAAGUUGUGGCAAGCAAACCUAAACGGGGCUUGGCAAGAACAGGCUAUAUUUGAACCCGCCACCUAAUUUGCUCAUUUCAUGGCACAUAUUUCAGCCUUUUCCUUGUUUUUUUAGUGUGUAUUUCAUCUGAACUCCAGUUUGAAUUGAGCUAGUGUUAGAUAGUACUCUUCUUCUGCUAAUCUUUUGAUGUAAAAAGUCAAUCAUGAGAAUGAUGUACACUACAGAAAGUAGUCCAUACCAAAGAAAGAGUUAACAAACAUGAAUUUUGUUACUACAGUAUUUUUUGUAGGGAGUCCAGUCCGCAUAGUAGGGAGUCCGUACAUUAUAUAUCCUAAUGGUUCAGGAGUACUUAAUUUUGCGUCAUUAUUUUAUGUUUUUUUUUUACCCUCUUUUCGAGGUAAACAAAGAUUGCAAG